CGUAGUACUAUUUAAUAAACUCCAUCGAAUAACUACUCAUAGUCUUUUUAUUUCUCUCUGUGUAUGAUCUCUCUCGUCUAACUUCAAAGAAGCAAAAAAAAAAAUGAGAAAGAAGGUAAGUAGUGGCGAAGAAGGAAACAAUGAGUACAAGAAAGGUUUGUGGACCGUAGAGGAAGACAAGAUCCUCAUGGAUUAUGUCAAAGCUCAUGGCAAAGGCCAUUGGAAUCGUAUUGCCAAAAAGACAGGUUUAAAGAGAUGUGGAAAGAGUUGUAGAUUGAGGUGGAUGAACUAUCUCAGCCCAAAUGUGAAAAGAGGUAAUUUCACCGAUCAAGAAGAAGAUCUUAUCAUUAGGCUCCACAAGUUGCUUGGCAAUAGGUGGUCUUUGAUUGCUAAAAGAGUGCCGGGUCGGACAGACAAUCAAGUGAAGAAUUACUGGAACACGCAUCUUAGUAAGAAACUCGGAAUCAAAGAUCCCAAAAACAAGCCGAGCAAUGGUGAUAUCGUUUAUCAGAUCAAUCUCACAAAUCCUACUGAAACAUUAGAAGAAACAAAAAUCUCGAAUAUUAACGACAACGAUGAAAUUCAAGAAGACCGCCACGGAAGUAACUACCUGAGUUCACUUUGGGUUCAUGAUGAUACGUUUGAACUAAGUACACUCACCAACAUGAUGGAGUUUCUAGACGGACACUGCUUUUGAUGUUUCUUUUUUUCGAAUUGGUUUUCUUUUCGUCUUGUUAUAUUCUUAGCUGAUCAAACACUGAUACAUCAACGAUCUUAAGCUAAAAGUUGUUGAUGUGGUAGUGUAUGAUUGGCUAAGUCUUUUAAUUAGGUUAACUUUCGUGGGUUAUAUUAUAUAUAUAUGCUUGAAACUCGAUGAAUCAAAUAUAUGUUAUGUCUGUUUCUUCCUAA